ACUCCCAGCAGGACUCGCGGCGUAUGGCGGGCAGUAGCGGGGUUUGAGCGGAGAGCACCGGUGCUGAGGAGCGGGAGCAGCUGCUGGGGAUGGCGUCGUUCGUUACGGAGGUGCUAGCGAGCUCGGGGAAGCUGGAGAAAGAUGACCUGGCUUCUAAAAUCUCCAAACUUUCGCGGAAAGUGGAGGAAACGAAGGAAGAAGUGUCUGACAUGAUAAAUAAGAAAUACAAUGAAUUUACACCAAGUAUGGAGGCGGCUGAGACACUUGUGGACCAAGUCAAAGGUGUAUCCAAAGACAUUGAUCUCUUGAAAAGCUGUAUUGAAAACGAGGUGCAGAAGAACCUUCACGAAGCUGUAACAGAAUAUGCCAAGCUGAAGCAACAGUUGGAGAAGAAUACUGCAGUCAUAAGUAUGCUCAAACAUCUGCAAGAUUUUGACACUGCAAUGGAGGAGUAUCACAAGACCCUGCAGGAGAGGAAAUAUGAGGCAGCAGCCAAACAGCUGGAGAAGGCACGAGCCAGUGUUGAAGCCUUAAAAGCCUGGAAAAAUUCAGAGUUGCCUUUACUCCGAUCCCUUAACUCAGAGCUAACAGUGCAGAGAGAGAACCUCAACUACCAUCUUGGAGAAGAGUGGAAGAAGCUGGCAGUAUGGAAGCUGCCUCCUGCCAAAGAGCUUACGGGAAUGCAGUCUUACCUGACGACAGAACUUCAUCUGAAUGGAGGAGGAUCUAAGGAGGACAAACACUGUCCUAAUCACCUUCUUCCUAAUAUACUCCAGGCCCUCGCCAUUCAAGGAGAACUGCACAGAAAAAUCAAGCUUUUUGGGCAGGUGUUAUUGAAGUAUGUGCUGAAGCCUUUGAUCAUGUACCCAUCUCUGCUGGUGGAGGUGGGGGAGCAUCUUGAACAGGGCACAGUCCUGAGCCUGCAGAGUGAUGAGAACCAAGCAGAGCACCCAGCCCCUGCUGACGUCUAUGCCAAAAUUCUUGUAGUACUCAAGACCCUUCACAAACACCUGUUUGAUGCAUCCAUAGGUGAUAAGAAAGUGUCUACUAUUCUGGGAGAUCAGAUAUGGGAGGAGAUGUCAGACUGUAUCAUCCGGGAAUGCUUACUGUAUUCCAUACCGGCUAACAGCAGUCAGCUGGCAGCGUAUGAUACGGUUAUCAAAGAAACUGAGGAGUUUGAAACUCAGCUGAAGGAUAUGGGAUACCUGACAGGAGACUCCACAGAUCUUCUGAAAUAUGCAAGAAAUGUCAACUGCCAUUUCGCUAGCAAAAAAUGUCAGGAUGUCAUCGUAGCUGCCCGGAAACUUAUGACCUCAGAGAUGCACAAUACUGUUAAAAUCUCUCCAGACUACAAACUUGCUCUUCCCAAACUGCCCAACCCGAGCAGAGGGAGCAAAGAGAAGCAGGAGGGGAAGAGGAUUACUCACUAUGAUCAGCAGAUCCUGGAAAAUGAGAAGCAGCUGAGUCCUCGCACUCUGUGCCUGCCUGUGUGCCGCAUCAGUGAAUCUGUGCAGCAGCUCAUGGAGCUCGCUAUCAAAACUCUGUCUGAGGCAGUGGGCAGCUCCCCCCAGUGUGCUGUCCAGCUUUUCUACACAACACGAAACAUUUUUCACCUGUUCUACGACGUUGUGCCUACAUACCACAAGGACAACCUCCUUAAAUUCCCUCAUUUAGCUGCAAUUCAACACAACAACUGCAUGUUCCUUGCCCACCACCUGCUGACACUGGGCCAUCAGUUCAGGCCAUAUCUUCCCAUGAAAGAUGGCGUGGUAUAUUUUGUUGAUUUGGUUCCAGGAUUUAGAAAACUGGGUGCUCAGUGUUUUGUGGCACAGAUGAACGUCCAGAAAGCAGAGAUGUUGGAGAGACUCUCUACUGCCAGAAACUUCUCCAAUUUGGAUGAUGAAGACAAUUACUCUGCAGCCAGCAAGGCAGUCAGACAGGUGAUACACCAGCUGAAACGGUUGGGGAAGGUCUGGCAGGAUGUCCUACCAGUGAACAUCUACUGCAAGUCCAUGGGAACACUCCUGAAUACGGCGAUAUCUGAAAUGAUCUCCAAAAUCAUGAUGUUGGUGGACAUCUCUACUGAAGAUGGAGAGCGUCUGCACACGCUCUGUCAGACCAUCUUAGAAGAGGGAUCCUUAGUUUUCACCCCAUUGCCUGAUGAGAACAAGAACAGAAAAUACCAAGAGGAAGUUCCAGUCUAUGUGAAGAAGUGGAUGACCUUUAAAGAACUUUCUGUCGUACUCCAUGCCAGUCUGCAGGAGAUUGUGGACAGGUGGGCGGAGGGCAAGGGUCCACUCGCUCAGGAGUUCUCCAGUAAUGAGAUGAAGAGCCUGAUUCGAGCUCUGUUCCAGAACACAGACAGACGAGCUAUAGCCCUCACCAAAAUCAAAUAAACUGUACAACCACAGCACUUCUCACUCACUACAAUGCUACAUAACCGCUCUUACUUGUUUGAUGGAUCAGAUUUUUUUCCUUCUAUUUUUCUAUUAUGCUGCCAAAUAUAAAAAUAAAAUGCUUUUCAAGCCAAACAAACUUAUAAUUCGCUAAUCUGUCUGUGAGAGUGGAUGAAUGUAUGUAUGACUGACUUAUUAAGCAAUAACAUUUUUGCAAAGCUGUAUCUUUCUGUUGCUGUGCAACCUUUAAAAAUGUACAUGUGGAUGCACCUAUAUGGGAUUGUAUGGGAUUGGAAGCUGAAAUCUGUUCAUUUGUGUACAUAUCCUUGGAUGUUGACACGUGCGUAUGUUUAUAACAUGAAGAUAAAUGUACCUGAUUUGGCCUUAAGGACAAAUGUAGCAUUUCACCACUGUAGUAAAAUAAGUAACAUGUAGGGAUUCACUCAAUAUUUGGCAAAUGCAAUCUGCAAGAAUGCACCUCUGAAGAUCGGCUAAAUAAGUGAAGUCUGAAUAGUUUAUACCAAACAAUGUCUUUUUAGUAUUUAAGUCAUAUUGUGCUCUGUUGGUAUGUCUACCAGGAUGUAAAAAGUGUUCAUUGUUCAAUAAAUAUUUUUACUGUAA